UUGUAGAAUGCAACACAGUCUAGGCCCACUACAGUCAGCCAACCUAUCUACUUUCCUCUUCCUUUCUUGCUUGAAGAUGAUGGAAAAAGAGAUCCCCUUUUCCAUCUGCCAACCGUGAAUGGAGGAGGCUGAUCAAGAGUAUCAGAAAAAGAUGAUGAUGAGCAGCAGGCAGUUGAUUGUACCACCCGGCUUUCGUUUUCACCCAACAGAUGAGGAGCUCCUCUACUAUUAUCUGAGAAAGAAGUUAGCCUAUGAAGCUAUCGAUCUUGAUGUCAUAAGGGAUGUUGAUCUCAAUAAGCUUGAACCAUGGGAUCUCGAAGACCAGUGCAAAAUCGGAUCUGGGUCUCAACAUGAAAAUGAAUGGUAUUUCUUUAGCCGCAAGGACAAGAAGUAUCCGACUGGAACACGAACCAAUCGUGCAACUGCUGCAGGCUUUUGGAAGGCAACUGGGAGAGAUAAGGUCAUACACAUCAGCAACUCAACAACAAUUGGCAUGAGAAAAACCUUAGUCUUCUAUAUUGGACGAGCUCCUAAUGGUCAGAAGACGGACUGGAUUAUGCAUGAGUAUCGUCUAGCAAAUGAAAGUUCACAGGAAGAUGGAUGGGUUGUCUGCAGGGUUUUUCGAAAGAGGAGCUACCAGAGGGGCAUCCUAGCAGACGCAGUGGCCGAUGAAAAUCAAUUCAAAUCAACAGCUACUGAUUCUUAUCCAUUGGAGCAAAAACAGAGCUUCCACAUCCCAACCAACUUCUCCUUAAAUGGCUCAGUAGAUCUUCCACAGCUGUUAGACUCUGAACCCUGUUCCGUUACUUCAAUUCCUCCAGUUUCCAUGGACAUUAGAUGCUCUAAGAAACUAGUAAAAUUGGCAUCAGAAAAAACUCUCCUUCCCCAGGAGACAUUAAAUUGGGACUGGUCUAUCUUGGAUAAGCUCCUCGCUGCUCAUCAAAUCCCGAGCCACUUCUUACAGAACAAGGUGCAUCCACCAACCCAACUAAUUAGUGUGGAUUCCUCAGUCCUACAAAAAUCUGAGCAAUAUCUUGGUUAUGAGGCCGGCCUCCUAAAGUUUUCUAAGGUUAAUGAGCCUCUUUUAUUUGAUUAAUUAAGCUUGGAAGUUGACUGUUGAAUCUAUA